UUACUGGCUUUGGUUUGCAGGACAAUGGCCUCAGCUUCCUUAAUAUCCUCUUCGUCUUCUUCCUCCUCCAUCCUCUGUAAAUCCACACCCACCGCACCAAAGCGUUAUGUUUCGUCCUCGUUGCCCUCUUCAAUCCAUUUCGCCCACCCGAAACUCUCCUGCUCAAUUUCCAUCUCCCUCUCCAGGACCAGAUUUUCCACAGUCGUAGCGGUGGCCGCGGAAGAUAUCAACACAGAUGACAGUUCUCCCCAAGAAUCGAAGAGUUCUGUGAGACCUUGUGAACUGUACGUGUGUAACCUUCCGAGAAGCUGUGGCAUUUCGGAGCUUCUCAGUAUGUUUAAACCUCAUGGAACAGUUCAAUCUAUUGAGGUUUGCCGGAACGCGGAGACCGGGGUGAGCCGGGGAUCUGGGUAUGUUACGAUGAGCUCCAUGAGGGAAGCCAAAGCUGCAAUUGCUGCUUUAGAUGGAUCUCCUCAGCAUUUAUCCUUAUCAUUAUCAAUCAAAGAAUCAUUCACAAGAUUAUCUCCUGCUGUGAAGGAUGUGGGCGGGCGUGAAAUGCGGGUUAGGUUUUCAACUGACAUGAAUUUCAGGCGGAGGAACAGCGAGGCUCUGAAUUCAGCACCCAUGAGGAAUCUGAUAUUUGAAAGCCCGUACAAACUGUAUGUUGGGAAUCUGGCUUGGGCUAUUAAACCUGAGGACUUGAGGAAUCAUUUUAGCCAGUUUGGAACUGUGGUGAGCGCAAGAGUAGUCCACGAUCGAAAAGCAGGAAAGCACCGUGCUUAUGGCUUUCUCUCCUUCUCUUCAGCUGCAGAAUGUGAAGCUGCCAUGUCUCUGAAUGGAAAGGAAUUUCGUGGUAGGUCGCUAGUAGUCAGUGCAGGCAUGAAAAGGCUCGAGUCUUGAUUCCAAUUUUGGGCAAAGAAAUUGCUUUGGAUGAUCAGCUUGGAGACAAGGGACUCCACCAUUUUGUAUUCUCAUAUUUCUGAUCCAAAAUUUUGGGAGAUUCUUAAACUAUUGUUGUUAUAUUUUAGUUUCACAUUCAAUAUAUUGGAGGGGAGGUUUCUUAGGAUUGCUAA